AUGUCUUCCAUCCUGACAACACUCGGUCUGCGCGCCGCCCCUGGCGCACAGGUCCCCAACCACGCCGCAACACUACUGAUAGCCAACUGGGUCUGGGCCUACGCGCUGAUGAGCACGCGCGGAACCAAGAUGCGCCUCGGCAUCGACAACAAUGUCGCGCCGCGGGAGAAUCUCGCCACGCUCGGCGAAGCAGCGGUCAAGGCCGGCAAGAUUGAUCGACGCACGCUGAACAAGUUGAAGCGUCGCGAGGCUGCACACGCGAAUGCUGUCGAGGGGUAUACCCUUUUUGUGGCUGCUAUUUUGACGGCUUUGUAUGCUGGACUCCCGGCUGAGACUAUCAACAAGAUUGGUGUUUGGUAUAGCUUGUCGCGGGUGGCGUAUAGUCUUUGCUAUACGCAUAUUGAGGACAAGUCACUGAGUUAUCUUCGGUCGGUGACGUGGUGGUCUGGUAAUAUUAGCUGCAUUACUGCUUUGGUGCUUGCGGGGAAGAAGCUGUGA